AUGGAGCACUCGGCCCUCUUGCUCUUCCACUUCCUCUUCCUCUUCUUUUCCUUGAUCGCCGGUGAAUCCGAUGACGUUCGGAAAUCCCUCAUCCGUUUUCUUGAGAAGCUCUCGCCCAACGACCCCCAGCUCGCUCAGAGAUUGGGUUGGAAUGCUUCAACUGACCCAUGCAACGGUACUGCAGUUGGCUGGAGUAAUCUGACAUGCAUCGACAAGAAAAUGGCGGUGCAGACCAUUUCGCUGGAGGGGAUGGGGCUCAAUGGCACGAUCGACGCCGGCGAACUCUGCCGUGCGCCAUCGCUCGCCGUGGUGAGACUGCAAGACAACUUCAUCCGUGGAAUUCUGCCGGCGGAGAUCUCCAACUGCGCCAACCUCAUGCACUUGUACCUCCGGAACAACCAGCUCGUCGGCAGCUUGCCUUCCUCUCUCGCCGACCUCGGAAACCUCAAGCUGCUCGACCUCUCCAACAACAACUUCUCCGGCGAGCUACCUGCGGCGCUGUCAAGAAUCUCCGGCCUAUCAGGCUUCCUCGUGCAAAACAAUAACCUUAACGGGUCGAUUCCUGGAUUCUGGUUCAGAAACUUCGGCGCUGGAUACUUCAACGUUUCUUACAACCAAUUCUCCGGUCCAAUUCCCGAAGGAGCUGAAGAUAUCGGAAGCGCCUCCUUCUCGGGGAAUCAAGGCCUCUGUGGAAGGCCACUUCCUAAUGCUUGCUCGCCGCCAUCCCCGUCCUCUUCUCCUUCCCCUUCCCCUUCCCCUGAUCAAGGGAAGAAGGAUCACUGGGGAACUCGCGAAAAGCUCAUUCUUUUCUCCGGUUAUAUCGCUCUUGGUCUGUUCUUGUUGGCUUACGCUGCAUACAGAGUCCUCCGCAAGAAGGCGGCUAAAAGGAACAAGAAGAUCGCAGCAUCGGAAAGUAGCAGUCCGAAAAGUUCAUUCACGAUGAACAAGACUGUAGCCACCGGAUCAGAGCACCCGAUUUCGACUGAAUCCGCCGCCACGGAGGGGUCCACCUUGGUGGUGCUGAAGAAAUCGACAACGACGGCGGCGGAGUUGAAGUUCGAGGAGCUGCUAAAGGCCCCUGCAGAGUUGCUAGGGAGAGGAAGGUUUGGGAGCGUCUACAAAGUGGUGAUGGCUGAUGGAGCUGCUUUGGCCGUAAAGAGGCUCAAGGAUUCCGGCGGUUCGGGGGCGGAGUUUCGGAGGAGGAUGGUGAGGGUGGACAUGGCGGCGCGGCACCCGAAUGUGCUCCCGGCAGUGGCGUUUUACUGCUCAUCGCAGGGGAAGCUCGUGGUCUACGAGUUCCAGCAAAAUGGGAGCCUCUUGAAUCUCCUCCGAGGAAGCAACCGAGCCGGCGGCGGAGCAUUUGACUGGAGCUGGAGGCUGAGAGUGGCGGCUGGGAUCGCCGAGGGCUUGGCUUUCAUGCACAAGGAGCUCGAUUCCGAGGGACUCAUCGGCCACGGAAACCUCAAGUCCUCUAACAUCCUGAUGAACGCCGGCAUGGACCCCUGCAUCAGCGAAUACGGCCUAGUGGUCGCUAACGCCGGCGACGGAGCCGACAAACCCGACGUGUACGGCUUCGGGAUCAUCCUCCUUGAGCUGCUGACGGGGAAGCCGGUGCAGAACGACCCCCAGGAGCUGGCAAAGUGGGUGAACUCUGUGGUGAGGGAGGAGUGGACGGUGGAGGUGUUCGACAAGAGCAUCGUCUCCGGCGCCGGCGCCAGCGAGGAGAGGAUGGUGCAGAUGCUGCAGGUUGGACUGAGGUGUGUGAAUCCGUCUGCGAAAGCCAGGCCAAGCAUGGAUCAGGUGGCGUCCAUGAUCAACGCCGUGAGGGAAGAAGACGAGAGGUCGUUGCUGGUCUCUGAAUCUGAGUGAGACACAAGAACACAGAAUAUUCACCAUUACAUUUA